UCGUUCAAAUUUGAUCAACACUUAUUUGUUUGAAAUCUCACAAUAUAUUUAAUAAGUAUGAUCAUUGACAAGCACAAAUUUGGUUAUUAAUUUGACUUUCUUGUAUGAACUUUCGCUAUAAAAAUGUUUCUCAAGUUUUUAUUUUUCGUGGCUCUUUUUGCUGUGUGUGAAACUCAAUCUCAAAUAGGCAACCCUAAAGUUUUCAUCCGUCAAGUGCAACGAAAAGCCGAACUUUUAACUCGAAUUCCCUUUGAUAAUCUUACCAACUCUGUUAACCACGUGAAACAUGUACGCGACCAUCUGAUCAAGAACUACGAUGAAAUUCUGGACUCUGUUUCUGUGAACCAACAGUGUCGCAAAGACCUUCGUGAUAUUUCAUCAUCCAACUUUUCCUUAAACUUCAAGUUCUGGGACUCCUAUGCCGUUCCAGGAACUGGAUUCGCCCUUUUCCAUACAACUUUUGCUGGCCAACCAGAAGAAUGUGUGAAUAUAAAACUGGACAGCUCUCCCGUUCAGAGCUCCUUUCCGGAUUCUGGUCCAUUCCUGGUGACAUUCAAGGUACACACCGGACUGCAGUUGUCUCUGGGAACAUGCAUGCCUCUGUCUUGUUCGAACUCACAAGUCGCUCGGGUCUUCAAAUACGCGCUUCACGAGUUAGGUGUGAACACUGAAUGGGUGGUUGCAGAUGGAAGGGAAAAAUUUGAGGCAACUGGUGCCUUCAUAACUGCAGUGGUCGUGUUCGGAAUCAUUCUUCUGCUGAUCACAGUCGCCACCACUAGCAACAUGUUGAGCAAACUCAACGAGGACAAGGACUUCAAGGCACUGAAUGGUGGUAAUGCUACCCUGGUCGGCAUGGAGAACCCUGAGCGCAACAUCGAUUAUGUCAAGGCGAUGGAAGCAGCGCUGGCCGCCAAGCAGUCCCACGCUUCCACUCUCGGCCCGAUGAUCACUCUGCUUCUUCUUCCCAUCGCUUCGAGAUUCUUCUAG